GCUUACCGACGAACAAGAAUAUGUUAAAAAUACCCUUGUUUAUUUAUAAUAUGCUUGAUCUAAUUUAUUUUCCUGCCCAUUCUUUUUUUCAUUUGACUCAAUAACUAUAUAAAUAUUUGAAUCGUCGGAAGAAAAUCAUUAGCAUCUGAAGCUAGCUCAGUCAACAAACUUCAAAAUGUUCGCUAAGGUUAUCAUCUUCUGCGCUGCCCUCGCAGCAGCCCAUGCCUCCCUUGUCGGACCUCUGGGAUUUGGAGCACCCGUUCUCGUUGCCGCACCCCUGGGUAUAGGAAAAGGACUGAUCGCCGCCCCAGCCGUAGCCACCGUUUCCACCCAGAGAGCCGCCAUCAACCACGUUGCCCCUGCCGCACCACUCGGUCUUGCUGCUCCUCUUGGUCUCGCUGCUCCCAUUGCUGCCUCUGCACCCAUCACCCUCGCCAACGGACUCAUAGCUGGAGCUCCCCUGGUUGCUGGUACUGGUCUCCUUGGUGCCCCACUUGGUCUUGGAGUUGGAAAACUUGGCCUCGCAGCACCUCUAGGUCUUGGACUCGGAAAGGUUAUCUUGUAAAUGUAGCUAUAAUAUUUAAUGAAUCGCUUGAACCGU